UGUCUUGUUAAAAAAAUUGCCAACCGGGUUUCCUGUUUCAACGAUUUAUGAAGGAAGUAAAAUCUUCAUAAGUAAUAUUUAAAUAUAAAAUAAAAUCUAAAACAUACAAAUUUACAUUACCAUAAAGUACAUUUUUAUGCAAUUGGACUGAAGAAAUGUUUGAUUGUGUAUUUUAGAUAUUUAAAGUCUGUGUUUAAAACAACUAUAUAAAUUUAAAAAAUCAUCACCAUGAAAUUACCCUCGUUUACUACAAUCGUGUCUGUUUUAUUCCUAUCAUACUUGGGUAAUCUCUUUUACUCAAUAUGGGUAAUGGUACAACCACCAACAUGUACUAGUGAAGGUCUAUGUUUGAAAUCAUUUUUGUUACGAAAACCUAACUUAGAACUUACCAUAUUUGUUGCACCACAUUCAAACCCUCGAGGAUCAGAAGUUAUAUUUGUAAACAAUUUCUUAAUACCAAAUUAUAACGUUUCUUAUGAAAGAUUGAUGUAUGUAGAACUACCAAGACUAACCAAAAGAAACGGAACAUUGUAUGCACAUGUGUUCUUAAGUAAAGCUCAAGAAACACUGUAUUCUGGUGAUAAAUGGACCAAAUUAUUAUCUGACCCUGAGACUGUAUACACUUUAGUACCAAUGUCUAUUUAUAAAGAACCUGAAUAUAAAAUUUUUCAAUUACUACAAGAUGGGGAAAAUUUAAAAAAGAAUGUUGAAAAACCAGUGACACAUAUAAAGGCUGUAUUACCAGUUAGCAUGUUAACAGAACCAUUACAUUUAUCUCAGAUUCAUAUGCCUAGUGAUAUUUAUCAAUAUAUAAGGUUAUAUGAAAAAAAACAAGAGUAUUUACCUAUAUUCCUACACAACUCUCUUCAGGAUAGAUCCUUCAAUAUUACAAAAAUCAACAAAAAUAAUACACAUGUACCCAUUUUGUUGCGCUAUGAACCUCUAAGUUACACUGGAUUAAGAAUAUUAACACAAACUCAAUUAGCUAUGGUAACAUUGCAACAAUUUGGAUUCAAAAAUAAAGAUAUUGAUGAAAUUAAAGCUAUUUUUGAUACCAAUCAUUAUUUGUUAUUAAUUUCAAUUAUUGUUGCAUUUGUUCACAUAUUGUUUGAUUUCCUAGCCUUUAAAAAUGACAUAUCAUUCUGGCGAUCAAGAAAAUCUAUGGCUGGGUUAUCAUCGCGUCUCGUUAUAUGGCGUGCUUUUAGUCAAACAGUUGUAUUACUUUAUUUGAUUGAAGAAAAAGCUUCAAUGUUGAUCAUUAUACCAAGUGUAAUCAGCUCUAUAAUAGAGAUUUGGAAAGUGUUUAAAAUCAUACCAAUAGAUUGGAAAAAUCUUAAACUAAAACAAUUAACCCUAAAUCGUGCUGAAGAAGAUACUAAAAAGUUUGAUGCUGAAUCCAUGAAAUAUCUCUCGUAUGUUUUGUACCCAUUAUGUGCUGGUGCAGCUAUUUAUUCACUUAUCUAUGAACCACAAAAAAGCUGGUAUUCUUGGAGUAUUAAAAGUCUUGUGAAUGGAGUUUAUGCAUUUGGUUUUCUUUUCAUGUUACCUCAACUUUUUAUCAACUAUAGACUUAAAUCAGUAGCCAAUCUCCCAUGGAAAACAUUUAUGUAUAAGGCAUUUAACACUUUCAUUGAUGACUUGUUUGCAUUUAUCAUUCCAAUGCCAACUGCCCAUCGAUUAGCCUGUUUCAGGGAUGAUAUAGUUUUUCUCAUUUAUAUCUAUCAAAGAUGGUUGUAUCCCGUGGAUCAGAGUAGAUUAGAUGAAGAUGUUGAAGUACCUGAAUUACCUUCUGAAGAACUUAAGACAAAAACUGAUUAAUUUAUUUAUCAUUCUAUUUUUGAUAUUAUUAUAAUUAUGUUAUAAAAAUAAAAUAUAUAAUUUUUGUUUACACCUAAUACCAUUAAAUAUAUUUUUUUGAUA